UUAGGUACUAAAAAUGGAAAACAAAACAAUGCAGCCAAGGUUAUUAUUUUGCUGUUGCUACACCAAUUUGAAACACCUAUAAAAUUACAUUUAGAAAAUAUCCAGCAGGGCUUUUACAGCAUCUGGGUUUUGUGGAGCGAACUUUUCCAGGCGUUCAGCAGUGAUCCUUUGGUGCCAUGUAAAAAGUACCAGUAUCCCAGAAGGCCUUUGUUUAGGAAUGUGCUUUGGCUCCAGAGGUGUUUUAGGUAUGGCUUACGGUACUUUUUUUAGUUUGUUUCAUUGUACAGUUCUUAAAUUGUCUUUGUGUUGCUCUGCACAGUGGUGGAUGUGCAGAAUAUAAGCAUCUUAAAAUAAUGUGUUCCGUCCAAUAAAAGGGUUUGGAUAUGGAAAUUAAGGAGAAGAAUGAGACUUUGGAUGCUAUUGCAGCCACUCUUCACAAGACAGAGACUGAACUCCGGAAUGAGAAAGCCGCCUUGGUGGAAAUGGAGAAAAGUAUCCAGCAAAAAAUUGCAUCCAUUGAAGAGAGAUAUCGAAUUAACGCCACUACUUUGGUAGAAGAAAAUGCCAUGCUCAGGCGCAAGCUCAUUGAAAAGAAUGAAGAGAUCUAUAAUCAACGGGCCCAGCGAUCGGGCAGCUAUGAAGCAUAUGACUAGGGCUGUUCAGGGAAAAAGCAACAAAGGUUUGACCAUGACAUGCUGCCAGAAGCCUGAAUUUAAAGCCACAUACGCAAUUCUGUAGUCAGAAAGGGAGAUUAUUUGUUCUUUACUUCAAUCUUGUAUCGUGUUUGUUUAUAUUUGCAUCUGCUCUUCAGCUGAAGAUCACAGAAUGGUUCACAACAUGAAAAUAAAACUGAGAACAGAA